UUCGCCUUUGCCAGUCUCAUCCCGAGUCUGCUUUGUUAAGUUCCAUGAUCCGGACUCAGCAGUUGUGGCACAGCAUCUGACAAACACUGUAUUCGUUGACAGAGCUUUGAUAGUCGUACCAUAUGCAGAAGUGGAGAAGGCAAAUGCAAAACUCUUCCAGAUGACUGAAAAACAGUGGGUCCUCUGCAGCUACAGGGGAUUCUAGACAUUAACUAAAGGCCAGCAAGCACUCAAGUCCCCCAGGUGUUUUCCUGGUGUAACCAUUUGUUAACUACAUUUUUCUCUCUUUUUACAUUUUAGGCUGUUAAAGUAAUUUGGCAGAAAAAUAAUGAGCAGGGUUUUUGGAUCUAAAAAAGCCACUGUGACAAGACAGCACUCUAUUAAUUCCAUUUUGUAAAAUUUUCUAAGACAUAUAUUAGUUUGUUCCCAAUGUACUGCUACUUUAUUUGCUUUUUGGUAACUAUAAAUUUGAGUCAAAGAAGUCACUGAAAUAUGUUAAAACUACUGGAUUUUAUUAACAUAUAUGCUGACCGGGAUAUAAAUGCUUUCCCCUUUCCUUAGUGAACUGGUCAGUGGAAGCAGAAUCUUGAUAUUGUUAACUUUAGAUACUAUCUUAGAUCUUUGAAUACCAAUGUGAACAUUUACACCAUUCCUUGUAAAAGUUGUGAAAUGUCUAGUCCUUAAAACUUAGAAAAAUUGCCUCUGUGGUUUUGUAAAGAAAUUAAAUUGCAUUCAUAGUUGGGUUAAGGCAUGCUAUAUAAUAACAGUAAAUCUAUGUCCGUGAUAUUAAAGUGUAUGAGCCCAAUUUUAAGGUUUUAAAAUAUAUAUAUAUGCUGAUAAACUUAUGAGUUAGUAUGUUUUGAUUAAGCAUUUUCUUUUAUAUCAGUGUGCCUGUUGUAGGAUAAGACUUUUCACCAAGAGAAAAUUUACAGAAUUCAAAUUUAGGAUAAGUAAAAUGUAGAACAUAGCUUUUGGAACAAGGGUCAAAUCAUGUGAGUAAUUUACAAAACAUUAGUUAGCCUUUUAAUUUAAAGAAUUCUUAUUGGCUAAGUAUUAUAGUUCCCAAGCCCUGAACAUAAUACAGUAUAUCAUAUAACUGGCUUUCAUAAAUAUUUUUAGACCAUAAUAAUUUUUCUGGAUCUGUUUUGAAAGUGAAAUAUUUAGGGAGUACAUAUAUAGAAUUACAGAAAUAUUUAGUUCCAGAAUCUAUUAGUGUGUUACUGUAAUUUUUGGUAUGGUAUGCUGUAUUAAUGUUACCUCCGCUAAAUAUCUGAUGUACUCAAUCCCUUUGUCACCAUUCACCCUGGUUUUAGCUCUUACGCUUUGGUGUUGGUUCUUGGUCAGUGUUUUAGAACAAUAGAUACAAAGUCUAUGGUAAGGAAUAGUCUUAACUGGUAAAACUGAGAUAGCUGGAUUUGGAAGGAACUCUUAAUAGUAAUGGAUUUGGGGAUUAUUUAGGUUCCUUGGUUAAUGUUUGUUUCUUUUGUCUGUUUCUUUUUCUUUCGUUUCUACACAUUCAUGCAGUAUUUCAUGGUUCUAUCAAAGCAGCAGUAAAAAAAAAUACUCUUGACGCAUGAAAAUUAACUGGUGAGGGGCCUCAUUGCUAUUUUUAAAUUGUAGUUUUAUUUUUAAAUAGUCUUUUUUUAAUCAGAGGAUCAGAUGCAUGACUUUUUUUUUUAAUGGAUGCAGAUCUUCUAUCAGGUGUCUCACAAUAAAUUCAAGAGGAUUUUAGUUUGCCAGAAAUGUUGCAAAUGCACUAAUUUUAGUAAGAUGUUGAUACUUAAUAUUAUCCUCUUGAGACAUAAUUUUGCAUGCAAAAUUAUCCCAUAAUCUUUGUAGGUUUGUUAAUAAUGAUGCAUUAAUGCCCUAUAUCUAAAUGAUCUUCUCCCCCCCUCCAUAACUCUUGGUAUCUAAAUUGAUGACAGCUCUGACACAAGCAAGAUAACAGUGCUGUGUAGUAUACAUUUGUUUAUAUUAUCGGCACUUCUCAGUUUAGGUGGAAGGAACCAUUACCUUUAUUUAACAGUGGUUUUUCUUUUUUGUUGUUGUGUUUUACAGUUCUUUUCCCUGGUUCAGCCUGAACUAUAUACCAGGCCCUGCUGAAAAUACCACCCAACAGUUUUCUUCUGCAGCUUAUCCAGUUUCUCUUAAGUGCCCUGUACAUAUUUGAAGCAGCCGACACGAGUCGUUGUUCAUAAAACAGCUUUUGAAAGUUGAGAGCACACCCCUGGAGAACCGACUGUGCUUGCUUACGUUUGGUUCAUGACUUAAAAAUCGAGUACAGGAGUUAUUCCUGAUGAGACUAAGGCUUUGUCUCUGUUGGCACCAGCUAAUGCAGUGGCAGGUCUUCUGCCUGGUGGUGGACUCCUGCCUACUCCUAACCCACUUACCCAGAUUGGCGCAGUUCCAUUGGCUGCUUUGGGAGCUCCUACUCUUGAUCCUGCCCUUGCUGCACUUGGGCUUCCUGGAGCAAACUUGAACUCUCAGUCUCUUGCUGCAGACCAGUUGCUGAAACUUAUGAGUACUGUUGAUCCCAAGUUGAAUCAUGUAGCUGCUGGUCUUGUUUCACCAAGUCUGAAAUCAGAUACCUCUAGUAAAGAAAUAGAGGAAGCCAUGAAGAGAGUACGAGAAGCACAGUCCUUAAUUUCUGCUGCUAUAGAACCAGAUAAGAAAGAAGAAAAACGAAGGCACUCGAGGUCAAGAUCACGUUCUAGGAGGAGGAGGACUCCCUCAUCUUCUAGGCACAGGCGGUCAAGAAGCAGAUCAAGAAGGCGAUCACAUUCUAAGUCAAGGAGUAGACGACGAUCCAAAAGUCCAAGAAGGAGAAGAUCUCAUUCCAGAGAGAGGGGUAGAAGGUCAAGGAGCACAUCAAAAAACAGAGACAAAAAGAAAGAAGACAAAGAAAAGAAACGUUCCAAAACACCACCAAAAAGUUACAGCACAGCCAGACGUUCCAGAAGUGCAAGCAGUUUGCACAUUUGUGGUUCUAGAGAGAGACGACGACGAAGAAGCAGAAGUGGCACAAGAUCUCCUAAAAAGCCUAGGUCUCCCAAAAGAAAAUUGUCUCGCUCACCAUCCCCUAGGAGACAUAAAAAGGAGAAGAAGAAAGAUAAAGACAAAGAAAGAAGCAGAGAUGAAAGAGAACGAUCCACAAGCAAGAAGAAGAAAAGUAAAGAUAAGGAAAAGGAACGGGAAAGAAAAUCAGAGAGUGAUAAAGAUGUAAAACAGGUUACACGGGACUACGAUGAAGAGGAGCAGGGGUAUGACAGCGAGAAAGAGAAGAAAGAGGAGAAGAAACCGACAGAGCCAGCUUCUCCUAAAGCAAAAGAAUGUUCUGUGGAAAAGGGAACUGGUGAUUCACUAAGAGAAUCCAAAGUGAAUGGCGAUGAUCAUCAUGAAGAAGACAUGGAUAUGAGUGACUGAAUAUUGCCUCUGUGGGAAUCCACCUGUACACAUGCAUCAGUGUCAUUCCUCUGUGUGAUUUCUUAAUGCUGUAUUUGUUCAUCUCAAAUCUAGAUGUAUACAGCUCUGAGUCAUAAAUGGUUAUAAAGCUCUUGAUGUUGAUAUUAGUUAUUUACAUCCAAAAGCUUUUACAAAAAUGAUACAUGGGUAACCAGUUCUUGACAGGUUGAAAUCUGAUUGAGUAAACAAGCAGUUUUACUAUUCUGGUGCUGCUUCAUAACAAAAAUGAAAAGCUGCAUGCAUCUACAGCAGGCAUGGAUUGUUUAUGUUGUAUGAUCUUUAUUAAGUUCACUUAUAGUAUUUCUAGAAUUUGAUUCAUUGCCGUAAUAGAGCCAUGUAGGGAAUGCACUGAUUGCAUGUUAAUUGUGGCAGGAAUAUCCUAAAUGUCAUUCAAAUCCUCCAACAUGAUGGAUCUACUUAUGGUCUUGUUUGUUGACAUGACAAAUUAACAUUCUUAUAGUUACAUCUGGAAAUGAGCAUUUGAAAUAGAUAAUCCUUUAAGCCUUGUGGCUAAAUUUUUGUGGCUUUUGUUUAACUUUGAAAGGUUAUAUAUGCACUAACCUUUUUUGAUGGCUAUAAUUAGGCUUUAAGUACAGAAACAAGAUUUCAAAUGAAACUGUCUUUGGCAGUAAGUAAAUAGCAUAUUUUGAAGUAGAGUUGUAUACUUUUUCAUAAGGUGUUUGGGAAUUUUUUUUCCUAAAAUAAUUUAUUGAACAUCUACAUCAGUGAAAGUUAUCUGCCUAUCCUGAAGUCCAUCUGUAAAAGAAAGUUAUCUCUUGUCCUGAUUUUCAGUUGUCCACUCUUUUAUUAAUUUGUUUUAAUCUCAUUGUUGGAAAAGGGGGAUAGUGCAUUUUAAAUUGACCUUCAUAUGCUUUUAAAAAUAAGACAAAUCUACUUGAUAAUGUACUUUUUAUUUGAUCUCGAGUUGUAUAAAACCAAUAAAUUUUGUGUUACUGUUACUGCAGUAGUAAUCUUAUGCACACAGUGAUUCCAUGUUAAAUGCAAAGUAGUUAGGCAACUGUUUUCUUACAGGAGUUUCCAAGCUUCACUUUUGUGCAGUAAAAACAAAAGUAGGCUACAGUCUGUGCCAUGUUGAUGUACAGUUUCUGAAAUUGUUUUACAAAACUUUGAUAAUAAAACCCUUAAACUUAUGUUUAUGUUCCUGUAAAACCGUAUUUGUAUUUAUUUAUGUUGUUGAAUGUAUGGCAUUUACCUCAUUCAUUUUACAUAUCAAGUUCUUUUUCCUUUCAGUCCACAUAUUUUAAUAUAGUAGUAAGAUGGAAUCCAUCACUGUAGUGAUUAGUUGCCAUUAGAAUUGUCAAAAUUAGUUUAAUUUCUAUCUAAAACAGUCUUUUUCUAAGUGUAAUUUUCUUUCUUAUAUUUUGGGUGUAGGACUUGGGUUGAGUAAAGCAAUGAACUUUAGGAUAAACAAAUGAUCCCACCUAUAUCUAGUAAAUUUAUAUUUUUGGUGAAUAUAAACAUACUUUUCUGGAAUAGUAUAGAAACUCAAUGGUAUGUAUCUACUGUACAAUACUAAAUAGUAUAUUUAUUCAUUUAUGAAAUGAGUAGUGUUUGAGUGGCUGGGAUUAAGGGGAAAAUGAGACUUGGAAUUGUAGCUUUUAUCCAAAUUGGAGUAUAAUUUUUUUUUUUUAACUUUUAAAAUUGAAAUGCCG